AUGGAUCAAUUAACAGAGUUAGUACCAUUCCUUCAAGAACAAAAACCAGAGAUCAAGAUCCUUGCUUUACAACAUAUUGCAGGUGUCUCUGGUGAACAGCCAGCAAGAGAUGUUCUCAAGAAAACAAAUAUCAUUAACCUUUUAAUUAGAUUGAUUGGUGAUGAAAAUCAAACUAUUAACAGAUUAACAUUGACAACACUCAUUAACUUUUGUCAAGAUAACGAUAUGUUGAAUGAUAUCGUAAAGAGAAACAUCGUACCAAGAUUGGUCGAUGGUACAACCGAUACAAAGAAUAAACUAAGAGAGAUCUACUCUAUUCUCUUAUCAAACAUUACACAUACAAAAGAGGGUUGUAUUUCAUUAAUGCAAUAUGGUAGAGAAUUACAAGGAUUUUAUAUUUUGAAAUUAUCGAAUCUCUUGACUGUUAGUGAAGGAGAUGAAGAUAUCUUGGUGAGUAAGAAGGGUGCUUGGGUAGUCAAUAUUCUUUUGAAUAUUACACAGAUCGAAGAGGGUAGAAAUAUCAUUUUGAACCAAGAGAAUGCAAUCUUCAAGUCGUUGUUGCCAUUGAUUCAACAUCAAUCGGUUGUCAUUCGCCGUGGUAUCGUCGGUAUCAUUAGAAACUGUUGUUUCAGUGAAACCGAUCAUCCAUACCUCCUGUCAGAGUCAAUUGAUGUCUUAACAAAGAUUCUACUUUUAAUUAGAGGUUCUGAUAUUUUAACUGAUGAAGAAAUGGAAGGAAUGAAUCAAUUAUUACAUAAUAAACCAGAACAAGCAAGUAUAGAGAGAGAACAAGAUAAAGAAACAAGAAAGAUGGUUAUUGAAUCAUUGAUUUUCUUGACUGGUACAAAAGAAUCAAGAGCUAUUUUAAGAGAUAAAAAGACUUAUCCUAUCAUUAGAAACUAUCAUUUAACUGAAAAGGAUGAAACUAUUGGUGAGAAUAUCGAAAAGAUUGUUGAAAUGUUGAUUAGAGACGAAGAGGAAGAAGAUACCACCGCUAAAGAGAAUAAAGUCGUAGAAAUGGAUACAAAGAAAGAUGAUGAUGACAACGAUGCUUCUACAAUUGAAAUCGAAGAGAUCUAA